UGCGUACAUACAUAAUCUGCAUAAUCAAUGUAAACGUUUUGUUCAUUUAUUUACUUGUCAAGGCAGUGGCGGCCGGGUGGAAGUUGGGGGGUGGGGGUGAUUAUUGUGAGAAACGAGGAGAAGGAGGAGGAGGGUCUUAUCACCGAAGAUGGAAUUUUUCAGAAUUUCUGGGGGGCAAAUGCCCCCCUGUCCCCUCGAUUCUGCCGCCCCUGUCUCCUGGCUGCCUGGCGAGGGAAGAAAGAAGUAGAAUGCGACGUAGUUUCUAGUUUCUUCCUCAAUCGCGUCGAACGAGUUGGAGCGUAAACGUCGCAUUUUGUUCUUCUCUCAUCUAAACGUUCUCCAGAAACAAUUGGUCGAAUUAAUUGCAAAUUUACGAAAUUUGCCCCUUGAUUUUCUGGGAAUAAGAAGUCCACCCACAGGAAAUAACUGAAAUUCGCAAUGAAUCCUUCCGAAGGUAGCAGUCCGGAAGAACGUGUCACGGCGAGAGGUCGGUCACGUCCCCGAAACGUUCCUCAGCCCGCUGUACAACUUGGCCCCGUCGACCCGUACGCGCCUCCCCCCAUGGAAAUCGAGCCAGCCGGUAAUGCCGCUGGGGGACCUGGAUUUGACCAACUUAUCUCUGAAUAUCGGGCCGAUAGUAGUAAUGGGAGUGGAAAUGGAAGUGAAGGGGGGCGUGAGGGCUCGUCCAGCCCGGAAGAGCAGGCCUUUGCGAGAGGAAGAGGUCGUGGAGGUCGCUCAAGAGACGAACCCAGGGUCGCACGGCAGCACGAAUCGCCGAAAAGUCAUCGAGUCCUCUUCUACGUUAACUACUUAAUUAUUAGAGGACGGGAAUGGGAAAAUCCGGCACUGUUCAACGCUUUUUCGUCAACUAUUUCCAACUCCAGAUGAAAAAGACUAUCGAAUUUCGCCUCUAUCUCGUCAACUUUGACCCGGAAAUCGACCACAUCCCGAAACGGAAGGCACUCCUUCGAAUGCGAGAGGCCGACAUUGGACCGUACCUCUUCGAAGGGACACAACUCUUCACUACGCGAAUCAUCCCCAUUGAAAAUCUCCGCUUUGAAGCUUCCUUCCCCGACAAACCGGACGACGUUUGGACCGUUAACAUUGAUUUCAUUCGCCAAUGUGACCGCCGGGAGCCCGUCGUCACCCAGUUGUACAACGUCCUCCUCAAAAAGGCGCAAGAAACCCUGGCACUCACCCUGCUUGGCCGCUUCUACUUCGAUUCCGAACAGAAAAUCGACAUUCGCCAACACCGCCUCCAACUCUGGCCGGGUUUCGUCACCUCGAUCCGCCAAAUGGAACGAGACGUGUAUCUCAACGUGGAUCCAACCUUCAAAGUUUGUCGAACCGAGACUGUCUUCGACCUUAUGAAAGAAAUGCGUCAAACGUCCCGAAACUUCAAGGGGGACAUUGAAGCCGCCGUGAUUGGAACUGUCGUGAUGACCACGUACAAUAAGAAAACGUACAAAAUCACCGGGAUCAAUUGGGACAUCCGGCCGACAGGGUCGUUCACCGUGUCACGUGGAGGAGUCGAGAGUCAGGUCACGUUUGUGGAAUAUUUUGAAAAGAAGGGGAUUCGCCUUAACGCGUCGCAACCGAUGUUGGUGUCCGCCCCGACGAAAAGGGAUAUUCGUCGAGGCGACGUCGGGGAUAAGAUUCUUCCCCCCGAGAUUUGCUACCAGACUGGAUUGAAUGAUGAGAUGAGGUCUAAUUUCCGGUUGAUGAAGGAUUUAGCGGGGCAUUUGCAUAUGGCGCCGCAACAAAGGAUUCAGCAAACUGUCCAGUUUGUAAGGAGGAUGAUUGAAAGCGAGGAGGUCACUUCUGAACUGCUUGCGUGGGGAAUGCGGAUUCAAGGCGUUCCGUGCGAAAUUCCAGGACGCUUGUUGGACCAAGAAUCUAUUCGUUUCAAGUCGGGCCAAGCUAUUGCUGGUGAAGCCGCCGACUGGACGAUGGCUUUUAGAACGAAUCAGAUGUUGUUGGCUAAGCCGAUGCAAAGAUGGGCGAUUGUGUAUCCGAACAGAGAUUCCGAUGGGAUUGAUAAUCUCCUGAGGACGAUGGACCGUGUCGGCCGACCGCUUGGAUUCCCUGUUGGCAAUCCGAUACAGGUUGGAAUCACCGCAACAAAUGAGCGCGCCUACACGGAGGAGAUUGAGCGGCUCGUCGAAGGAAAUCAGGGCCGUCUCGAUCUAAUCAUGAUUAUCCUUCCAAAUCCAAACUUAUCCGUGUAUGCCGCCGUUAAGAAGGCGUGUUCCCUGAAUUAUGGGAUCCCGUCGCAGUGCUUUCUGUCCAAAAAUGUGACGAGCAAGGGGCUGAUGUCAAUCAGUACGAAGCUGGUUAUUCAGAUGAACGCCAAGUUGGGUGGACAACCUUGGGGCCUAGCGAAUCCUCUCAAGGGAUUGAUGGUCAUUGGAUUUGACGUACAUCACGGAGGUGGGCGAAGUUACGGCGCAAUGACGGCAACCACGUCGCAGAACAUGGCGUCCUAUUUCUCAACGGUGCUCACCUUAUCGCCCGGUCUUGAAAUGGCAGGCGAAAUUGGACUCGCAUUGCGAAAGUGUCUUCAAGCAUAUCGAGCCAGGAACGAUGGAGAAUUUCCGGCUCGAAUAAUGUUCUACCGAGACGGCGUGGGUGAGGGACAGCUUCGAUACGUGGUGGAAACUGAACUGGUCGCAUUGCAGAGCGCUAUCACCGACUAUUAUGGGGACCAAGAUGCACCCAAAUUUUCCAUGGUCAUUGUAACCAAGCGGAUCAAUACACGCAUGUUUCUCGCCGUGGGAAAGGACAACAGGGUCGCAAAUCCUCCUCCUGGAUCAAUUAUCGACGAUAUUAUUACCUGUCCAGAGAAGUAUGACUUUUACCUUGUUCCACAAACGGCUCGUCAAGGCACCGUGUCACCCGUUGGAUUCAACAUAAUUCACGACACGUCUGGGCUAGAUGCCGAUAAAAUGCAGCGCUUUUCCUUCAAGCUCUGCCACGGAUACUUCAACUGGAGUGGGACCGUGGCCGUCCCAGCGCCGUGUCAAUACGCCCAUAAACUCGCCUUCUUGACCGGUACGGCUCUCCUGAACGAAGCUCGGGAGCCUCUUCUCAACAAUUUGCAUUAUUUGUAAUCACUGCAAAUUAAAAUCCUAACAAAACUUUAGAUUUAGUUGAAACCCAGACGAGUUUUAAAACAUUAAUGAAUUGUUACUUAUUUGGAAGUCAUGAAUUGUUACUCAAUUUUCUAAUACUCAAAUUUUCGUUUAGUUUCAAAUAAUUUUGGUAAUUAUUUAUUUCUAUUUUACUCAUUUGAAAGUAUUCAUGCAAACAAUUCUGUAUGAAUUCUUGCCAUAAUUUGUCAAGUCAUAAACUAUUGACUCAUUUGACUCCGGUCUUAUAUUUGUGAUAAAUGUAGUCGCACAAAUUAAGAUACUCGUAAGUUAUAGAUUUGGUUUAAACCUUAUAAUCAUUAAUGAGAUGUAACUCAUUUAGAAGUCCCCUUGUUACGCUAUUUCAUGAGUUUCUAAUAAUUUUGAUAAUUUAUUAUCCCUAUUUCACUCGAAGAUAUCUAUGCAAAGGAGUCCUAUUGAAGUAGAUUUUAAAUCCAAAAGAAUGGGUUCGUUUGACUAGGGUCCUAUAUUUUUAAAAGGUGGUAAUUGUAGUCGCCACAAAUUAAAAUACUCGUAAGCUACAAAUAGAUUUAGUUUAAACCCACGGGUUUUAAAACAUUGAUGAAUUGUUGCCCAAUUUUCUAAUAAUUUUGGUAAUUUAUUAUUUCUAUUUUACUCAUUUGAAAGUAUUGAUGCUAAUAAUUCUGUUUGAAUUCUUGUCAUAAUUUGUUAAAUCACAAACUAUUACAUUUAUCUAAAAGGUGACAAUUGUAUAGUCACUACAAAUUAAAAUACUCGUAAAUUAUAGAUUUAGUUUACUUACACCUGUGAGAUUAAGCCAAUGAUAUUAAUGAAUUGUUACUCAUACUUGUUACGCUUUUUCAUGAAGUUUCUAAUAAUUUUGAUAAUUUAGUAUUCCUAUUUUACUUAUUUGAAGAUAUCCAUGCAAAUAAUUCUGUAUGAAUUUUUGUCAUAGUUUGUCAAAUCAAAAACCAUCGAAUCAUUUACAUAUCUAUGUUUUUAUAUAUUUAAAAGGUGGUAAUUGUAUUAACUACAAGUAAAAAUACUCGUAAAUUAUAGAUUUAGUUUUAAAAACAGUAAUGAAUUGUUACUCAAAUUGUUGUUUUUUCGUCAAGUUUCUAAUAACUUUGAUUCUUUCCUAUUGAUAUUUUACUUAUUUGAAGAUAUGCUAUGGAAAAAAUGCUCUACAAUUAUUAUCAUAAUUUGUCAAUUCAAAAACCUUUGUUUAUCUAUGGGCGUACUCACGACAACUUCUUAUUUCGCAUCGCAACUCAUUUAGCAAACUUGCGAAGAUCAAAAUUUUUCUGUCGUGAGGGGAUUCGCAAAAUAUAACUUCGCAAAUCUCUCCA